CAAAGUUGAUUUCAAACUUGUCUUGCUUCCAAGAAGGACUUUGAUAAUUUACAGCCGUAAUUAGAUAAUUAUGGAGUCAAAAUUUGCCCUUGCCCUCAUCUGCUUCGCAAUGACGGUAUUUUUCCAAGGCGAAAUUUUUGUGGAUGGGUCACCUAAUCCAGAAAGAUCUGCUAAGGCUUCGCUCUAUCCGCUUGGAGAUUCCCGAAUACGGUCGGAUUUGCUUCUCACCACGGAAAAUGAGGCACCCCAAGAAAGCCAUGGGAUCAAUAAGCGUGCCACGUACUACUACGUCGUCACUUCGACUUGCGGUGGGUUUACGGCCUCCGAGUGCAGCAGGGCUUGUGGGGCGCGAGGACGGGCUUGUUACGUGUGUGGAAGGCGGUAUUGCAACUGUGGAGACAAUUUUUGUUAAAUAUUAUACAUUUACCUAAUUGGUAAAUCAUUAUGUGAAUUUAUUCCGUUUAAUAAAAGUAAGAAAUAUAUAAAUA